AUGAGACUUCAAACUUGUUUUACUUUCUCAGAUGGAACUGAAGAUGAGCAUAUUGUCAUAAAUCAUGAGAGUGAAAAGGAAUGUAUUCAUUUGGUCGAUGAUGAGGAUUUGGCAUGUAUAAUCUGGUCUCAGGGAUUCAAAGUAGACCUCCCAGUUGUCGUAGACAUAUCUCAACAACCAUUCUCUUUGUGGAGGUUUAAUAAGAUGAAGACACUCUUCAGCUUGAAGGCAGAUGAUUAUAAUGAAUUACCUACUUUUGUUAGAGUUGUUAAGGAUAUGCCAGAAGAUAUCCGAAAUUUGGUUAUAGGUGAAUUUUUGAGACUGCACAAGACAUCCCAACACAUCACUAGUGCCAACGAGGCUACCCGUUGUGAAUAUAUUUCCUGUAUCAUUUAUGGUGUGACGUCGAUAUAUGGAGGUGAAAUAAAGGUUUAUCCUCAGUAUGAAAUCUCAGGAAGUCACGACAAAGCAGGUUUGCAGGAAGACGUAAUGUACGGGAUUGUAUCAACUGCUGUGGAUUGGAUAAUAAUCAAGCUAGUUUCGUCCAACUCCGAUAAUAACAGUGAAGGAAAAGUGGAUGUAUUGUUAAGUUCGUUGUCUCCUUCUCCAUUACCAAUCAACAAGGCUAUAUUGACCCAUGACGAUUUGGUAGAAUCUAUCAAGGACUUGUUCAGGCAAAUUAAGUGGGUGUUUGAUCGCCAGAUUGAAUCGCAGGAAUCAUUGAAGCAGGUAAAAACAGAAAAUAAAUAA